CAUCAACAUCAAAUUCAACCAAUCGAUCACCAUCUCAACAACAACAACCACCAACAAAUGAACAAGAAAAAUUUGCUUGUAUUCUACUAAAACUACCCGAUGUACGUUUGAUUGGAAAUGAUUUAAAGAAAUUUUUACAAUUAAUUGAUCGUAAACAUAACGGAAAACUUCUUGACGGUUGUUUACUUGGCGAAAUGCUCAAUGGUUUACAAUCGAAUAAUUAA